UCUUGUUUUUCAUCAAUCCAUUAAUCUAAUAAACGGGUUGGCUGUUGAAUCAGCCCUUGUUUCUGUUUCUCUUUUUCUCUCAGAAAUUAAAAAAGUUGUCUUUUUUUUAGUUCAUCUUUGAUUCGAUGCGUAUUGCUUGCUGUUUUAUAUAUCUCUCAUUUGGAUAUAUGUAUGCUGUUUGAUUUGAAUUUAUCGAUUCUCGAUUGCCAUGGAUCUCAAUAGACCUCGUAGCUCAAUCUUCUUCUUUAGAAAAAAAUCAUUCUUACACGUCACAAUAAGAUUUUUGGGCACGAACUAAUUAGAUGCCACAGCAUACUUUUGAUACUAUGUCUGCAGAUUUGUAGCAUAUCUUCUUUUUGGCUGGAUUAUCAAAGAACAAGUUUUCUCUUUGAGAUACUUCACUUCCAACGAGCAAUCAGAUAAACAGAAGCAGCAGAGCUUGCAGCUCCAGUUCCAGUAGUCGCCUUAAUCAAUCUUAGCACUGCUGAAAUUGAAUCAAUGGGUAGAGGAAGAGGCAGAGGAAGGAAACCAACCGUCGACAGGAGCCAUGAAGACAAAGGAAGCAGUGGUGAAGAAGUUGUGCCUGCAAGAAAGAGGAGGGGAAGGCCCCAAAAACGCUUUGCCGACAAGAUCGACCAAACAGACGUUGAAAAUUUUGUAGAAAAGGUCGAUGGCGAUGAGGAGGAAGUUGAUGAUCCGAAGCUGAAGAACAACACUGCAGCUGCGGGUAACAAGAGAGGCAGGCCGCUGAAAGAGGGCUCUAAUCUUGUCCUAGAAGAAAAUAAUUCUAGUGUUCGAUCAAGCAGUGAGGAAUCAGCAAGGACCAAUGGAUUCAGGCAGAUUGGAAGCAGGAGGAAAAACAAGCCCCGGCGAGCGUCAGAGGCCGGACUAGAAUGCAAGUGAAGCAUCCAUACAAUUUUCAGUACCAGGUAGCCUUCAAAUUUUUUGGCCAAAUUCGCAUGUUUACUAGCUUCCCAGUUCUGAAAAAUGUAAGCAAGCAUGUACUGAUUGCAUGCCUCGAAUUUUUGUUUGACGCAAGUAUCUGAACUAAUGGUACAAGGUAGAGCUACCUUGUUAAGCUGCUCUAAGGCUGAAUACUAUUUCGCUCUGCUUGUAACACAGUAGCAGAGAUUUACUUUCAACACUGGUUACUGGUGAUACUAGCAGAAGUUCCUGCAAUUUUUCCUCAUCUAGUGCAUCUUCUUUCUUUGCUUUUA